GCAUAUCCCAUUUCUAUCCAAGCCGUUUGCAGAGAUAGUGCACUCACUGCGCUGAGAGCAGCGGUCACAAAUCAAGUCCGUCUCGGCAAGUCAAUUUUGUAUAUUCGGUGGAUAUUACAAUCCAAGCCUUAGCUCUCUGCUGAAGAGACAGAAGAUGGACUCAGCCAUUAACAGCCACCUUGUGCAGAACCUGUCCAUUCUUCUGAGUGCUGGUUAUUCCAACGAGACCUGUCGCUUUGAUGAGGAGUUUAAGUACAUCCUACUGCCUGUUUCCUAUAGCCUGGUGUGUGUUCUGGGUCUGGUGCUGAACUCUGUGGCUCUGUGGAUGUUCCUGACCAAGAUGCGACCGUGGAACACCAGCACCGUCUACAUGUUCCACCUGGCCCUCUCAGACUUCCUGUACGUUCUCUCCCUGCCCACCCUCAUCUACUACUACGCUAACCGCAGCCACUGGCCUUUCGGCGUGGCCGCCUGCAAGAUCGUCCGCUUCUUGUUCUACGCCAACCUCUACAGCAGCAUCCUCUUCCUCACCUGCAUCAGCGUCCACCGCUACCUGGGCAUCUGCCACCCCAUCAAGGCCCUGACCAUGGUGAAGCCACGCCAUGCCCACGCCGUGUGUGGAAUGGUGUGGGCUGCUGUCACGGCGUGUCUGGUGCCCAACCUCAUCUUUGUCACCACCAGCCAGAGGGACAACGACACGAUGUGUCACGAUACGACCAAUCCCGAGCAGUUUGAGGAGUAUGUGGACUACAGCUCUGCGGUCAUGAUCCUGCUGUUCGGCGUCCCCUUCAUGGUUAUCAUGGUCUGCUACUGUCUGAUGGCACUGGCUCUGUGUCGGCCCAGACGGGGGCUCUCGUCCAGCCAGCAGAACUCACCCUCCCGCACCAAGUCCAUCAAGCUGAUUGUGGUGGUGCUGGUGGUGUUCGCCGUGUGUUUUGUACCCUUCCAUAUCACACGCACCCUCUACUAUACCUACCGUGUACUGAAUGCCAAAUGUGAAUUCCUGAACAAAGUCAACUUUGCCUAUAAGAUCACCAGGCCUCUGGCCAGUGUGAACAGUUGUAUUGAUCCCCUCCUGUAUUUCCUGGCUGGGGAUCACUACCGCUCUAAGCUGGUCAAAGCUCUCACUGGAAAUAGACCGACAACCACCAGCCUCUCUGCUGCCUGCCUGAAAAAGCGCCCCAAAAAGAACCAUGAGAUCGCGCUGGUCUAUAAGAACCCAGAGCCUAAAGCCAGCGUUGAACCUAUGAGAUAGUGGGUUAUACAUAUGGACAACUAUGGGGCAUCAUAUAGAUAUGCCUAACCUCCAUAAUAUAAACAGGAAGGAAACAGUUAAUAGCCCUAGGCUGGCCACUACACAGCUGUACUUUCUUUGGAUGCUGUUCUGUCAUUUCAGACACAGGAUGACUACUGUCCAGGGUGAACGAAGGGGCCUCUUGCCAGAGCUCAGACCUGAGUGAGAAAUUCAGUUCCUAUAAGGCUGUUCGGUCAAUGUCAUAUUAAAGAGAAUGAAGAAGUGAGAGUACGGUUGAGUUCAGAAAACAGUGGUGGAAAAGUACCCAAUUACCAUACUUGAGUGAAGUAAAAAUGAAAGUCACCCAGUAAAAUACUACUUGAGUAAGUAAGUCUAAAAGCAUUUGGUUUUAAAAAUACUUAAGUAUCAAAAGUAAAUGUAAUUGCUAAAAUAUACUUAAGUAUCAAAAGUAAAAGUAAAACUAUACAUUAUUUCCAAUUCCUCAUAUUAAGCAAACCAGACGACAUCUUUUUCUUGCUUUUUUAUUUAUGUGUGUUUAGUGAGUCCGUCAGAUCAGAGGCAGUAGGGAUGACCAGGGAUGUUCUCUUGAUAAGUGCGUGAAUUGGACCAUUUCCCUGUCCUGCUAAGCAUUCAAAAUGUAAUGAGUACUAUUGGAUGUCAGGGAAAAUGUAUAGAGUAAAAGGUACAUUAUUUUCUUUAGGAAGUAAAAGUUGUCAAAAAUAUAAAUAGUAAAGUACAGAUACCCCCAAAAAACGACUUAAGUAGUACUUUAAAGUUCCUUAUCACCACUAACACUUUAAAACAGUGUUGUAAGUAUGUAGUACCGUGAGACAUCUACAUUCCCCCUUGUUAGUAAGAAGCUAUGGCAGGUAGCCUAGUGGAUAAGAGUAACUGAAAGGUUGCUGGUUCAAAUCCCCGAGCCUACUAGGUGAAAAAUCUGUUGAGCAAGGCACUUAAACCUAAUUGCUACGAUAAGUUGCUCUGGAUAAGAGCUUCUGCAAAAAUGUAAAAGCCAAGUCUGUUUUAUACAUGUACUGUACAGUCUCUUCCUACUCUGAAUACUUGUCUAUUAAUUUAAUUCUGCCGGUUGCUGUGCUUGUAAGACAAGAGUUCAAAUCCUUUCAACCAGGGGAACAAAACAGUUUAUGUGCCUCUGUCUGAGCCAGACUGUCGUCUCAUAGAAUAAAAUCUUAACUGGCUUGCCUAGUUAAUUAAAGGUUAAAUAAAUAAAAUCAAAUAAAAAUAUUACCACAGCCUGUUAUGCAAAGCCUGUUAUGCACAGUAGCUACAGGACUCUGAAGAGCAGGAGGAAAUGUAUGUAAUCUGUAAUCUGUUUGUUCAGAUUUGUGUUAUUAUGGUAGCACGUACUCAGAGAGAGGCUCUGUGGAUGGGUAUAACAGAUUGGAUUAUUAUGGAUUAUCGGUUACUGUGAUCAUCAAAAGCAUCUCUUCCUAUAACAUUUUUUAAAUAUGAUCCAAGGAGUUUGGCUGGUAAAAAUGUCUUCCUGUCACGCCCUGACCUUAGUUAUCUCGGUUUUUCUAUAUAUUUUGGUUAGGUCAGGGUGUGACUAGGGUGGGUACUCUAGUUUUUGUAUGUCUAGGGUUUUUGUAUGUCUAGGGUUUUUGUAUGUCUAGGGUUUUUUGUAUGUCUAUGUUGGCCUGAUAUGGUUCCCAAUCAGAGACAGCUGUUUAUCGUUGUCUCUGAUUGAGGAUCAUAUUUAGGUAGCCAUUUUCCUCAUUUGUGUUGUGGGAUCUUGUCUAUGUUUGGUUGCCUUAGUGCACAUCAGUAGCGGCACAUUUCGGUCGGUCGAUCGGUCGGUCGGUCGGUCGGUCGGUCGAUCGAUCGGUCGGUCGGUCGGUCGGUCGGUCGGUUGUUUUGUUCAGUUUCGAUUUAUUAAAAUUAUGUGGAACUCUACUCACGCUGCGCCUUGGUACGAUCCUUACUACGAACGUGACACUUCCAGUCAGAGUGGAGGUGACGUUACAAUAAUUUUAAAAAAACUCAAAGGUUGAGGCAAGCUGAAACAGUUCAACAGAAACAGUGUGUGUUAUCCAAAAAAUGUGUGGUAGCUAAAGCACUAGUCCUCUCCCAGCUGUUUGUGUCCUUCAGCACAGUCCCCACAGCUGUCUAUCUGUCUGUCUCUGCUGUGAGGAAACCAGGGGAGGGACUGAAAGGGUGUGUAGGCUGGAGUAUCAACUCCAUCCAACAACCCACACUUUGGAUAAAGAGGAGAUUUUCCUGCAUUACCCAAUUUGGAUUCAUUACUUGACCCAACACAGUCUUUUUCCACAUUAGUUUUGGUUGUUGUUGUUGUUUCUCUCAGAAAGACUGCCUUACUUUCCAUGUGAAAGCAGAUGUCUCUGUAAAGCAGAUUGCAGGUCAGAGGUUCAUUCCUAAGGGUAUUUGAAGUACUAUACUGCUGUACUUCAUAUUAAAGCUACUGGUCGUGUUUAUAUAAGGCAUUAUAACUCAGGUUCAAGGUAUGAUAGGAAGGCACAUGGUUCAAUAGGUUUAUAACAAUAUAAUGCCAUUAAAUCUAUUUUUAUAAAUCCACAUUUGCUUACUGCCAUUUGGUUAUAAUUGUAUUUUGUUAUGUAUUAUGUCAAUAUUUAUCCAUGACAUUGGUUGAUUAACCAAAAUCUAAGUUGUGUGCGUAUAUCAAAUUGAACUCCUUCAUGCUGCAGUGUCUUGCAGACUUGAAUGGGGUUAUGAUAGAGGGAGAGUGUGGGAAAGUAAUGGUUGGUUGCGUGUCUCAUCCAAACAUGAGGCGUUAUCGGAUGUAGGUCCUCCAUGAAUCAGACAUGGGUGAAAGUGAGGAGACCUGAGGAAGUGGGAGGACAGGACGGAUGGAGAAACAAGAGCAGGAAGUGAGCUGGUCAUGGUACUGGACUGUUUGGGUUUUUCCUUCCCUGGUCCGUGCCAAGAAAACCAAGCUGGCCCCACCAACACCCCAUGGAAAAGAUCUUGUGUUUCCACUUUCCAGCCAAGGCUCCAUAUUGAUUAUCCAUCGUAAUCAUCCAUAAACAAACUGAUAUUGACAUCUGAAAUAGGGGAAGACCAACUCUCCACAAAGCAAGAGAUGGUGUUAAAAUAGUCACAGUACACAGCAGGUGUAUUCUCCAUAUUUCUGUAGAGCAUUGUUAGUUGUUGUCAAUGACAACUUUUACAUCAUUACAUUCCUAAAGUAAAUAAUGUACUUUUUACUCCAUACAUUUUCCCUGACACCCAAAAGUACUUGUUAUAUUUUGAAUGCUUAGCAGGACAGGAAAAUGGUCAAAUUCACACACUUAUCAAGAGAACAUUCCUGGUAAUCCAUAUUGCCUCUGAUCUGGCAGACUUACUAAAAACGCAUGCUUCGUUUGUAAAUUAUGUCUGACUGUUGGAGUGUGCCCCUGGCUAUCAGUAUAUAAUGAAAAAAAGCAAGAAAAAGGUGCCGUCUGGUUAGCUUAAUAUAAGGAACUAGAAAUAAUUUCCACUUUUAGUUUUGAUACUUAUGUAUAUUUUAGCAAUUACAUUUACUUAUGCAUUGUUUGUUGUACGCCUUCAGUUACUGGUUGUCCAUUGUCAUAAACUAGUCAAACUAAUGUUCAA